AUGAGCAGCAGUGAUCUUAAAUUAUAUUAUUUUAAUUUACAAGCUCGGGGUGAACUUACUCGACUUAUAUUAGCAGCAGGUGGUCGUAAAUAUGAAGAUAUUCGUUUUGAUAUGAAUCAAUGGCCUGAAUAUAAACCAAAAAUGAUUUUAGGUCAAUGUCCUGUAUUAGAAUUAGCUGAUGGUACACAAAUCCCACAAUCAAUGGCAAUUGCUCGUUAUAUAGCUCAUGAAACAGGUUUAGCUGGUACAAAUAAUCUUGAAGCAGCUAAAAUUGAUGCUGUUGUUGAUACACAACGUGAUAUAAAUGAAACAUUUUAUACUAAAGUUUUCUUUGAAAAAGAUGAAACCAAAAAAGCUGAAGAAUUAGAAAAAUUUUUAAAUGAAACUCUUGUUAAACAUGUGGAAAAUUUAGGUAAAUUAAAAAAAGCUUAUAGUCAAAAUGAAUCUUAUUUUGUUGGAAAUCAAUUAUCAUGGGCUGAUUUAUUUGUAUAUCAAUCUAUUCAAUCUUUAUUAAAAGCUGUACCAGAUGUUAAAGGAAAAUUUGGUGAUAAAUUCAAACCAUUAAUUGAUGCUGUUCAUGGUAAUACAAAAUUAAAAGAAUAUUUAGAUAGUCGACCAACAACAGACUUUUAA